AUGGCUCUGCUGGUGGCAGCGGCACGAGUGCUGCUGCUUUUGGGUCUGGCUGGGGAGUCCCAGGGCCUCUGCUCGCCCACUGCCUUCUACAAGAACUGCUGGAUCCGGCGCUUCCCAGGCCUCCUGGUGGACCUGCGGGAAUCCCAGCGGAGGGGAGCCCGGCUGCUGAAGGGUUAUGCAGAAACCUCCCCCCAGCAGUGCAGCAGAACCUGCUGCCUUCUGAGGAAUGUCUCCUGCAAUCUAGCAGUGUUCUACCAUGGAGGCAUUCACGAGAACAGGAACUGCCUGCACAUGUCUUGCCCAGCUUUGGAAAGCUGCAUUCUGAAGGCUGGAGUUGAUGUCAUUUUGUACAACAUCACAACAGGAAUUGAUCCAGAUCUUCUCAUUUUUGAGAAACUGAAAUCCCGAGAGCCAAAUGCUCACUCCUCAGCAAGUAAAUCUGAGAGACAGGGCAGCACAAAGACCCCUGAGUGGGGAAGAUGCCAACAGCACAAUGUCACCACGUCAGGUUCUCCUUUGCUCCGAGCUCCAGCUGCUGCCACGAGCCAUGGUUUACCAGCAAACACUCACACCCCCUCCUGGAGUCUGACAGUGCAGAGAACUGAAGGUAAUGCCUAUUCCAGGGCAGAAACUUCCCCAGCAGACAUUGCUUUUGCUGAGAGGACAAGCAGCAAGUCGGUCACCGGCUCAGACAAGACUGCACACUCAGCUUUGAGCCCCAAGCCUGCUGAGGUGUUAUCCCACAUGCCCACCCCUCCUCACCUGAACAGCAGCAAGCAACACCUCAACGAAACCAAAGGCUCCAGUGGGAGAAAUUCCACGUCAGAUAAUGAGGCAGCUGUCUGGGAAACUGCAGCUUUGGGGGUCUGGCUGAUUCCUGUUGUCCUCUGCUCCUCUCUCCUCUGCCUGUGCUGUUGCACUGCUGCCCUCACAGCCGGGCGCUGCAGCUACAGGAGGGGUCACUAUAAACCUGUAAGGACAAGAACAACGAUGUCCAGACAGCUCAUAAAAUAUGCUCCUGUCACAGGUAAUCUGUGA